AUGCCCAGCCCGACCAUCCCUCGUGCUUCCUAUCGCUUCCAGUUGAAGCCGCCGAAAUGCCGAGAAGCUCCGGAGCCACCUCAGAAGCCCUUGACAUGGAGGGCGCUUUCGACGCAGGCCCAGGCCUCCAAAGAUGCUUCGUGGUGUGCGACAGCUUCGGAUAUUGCAGAGAAGCAUGUGAAGUCUGCGUUUGGGGGCUUGAAAGAAGCACUCCGUGGGUUUCGUGCUGAGAAGAUGGAAAAACCUCAGAGGUCGAUGCCAGUCAUUUUGGCAUUGGCCGGAACAUCGGCGAAUGACCACCACGCGACGAUGUGCCGAGCAAGGGAGCUUCUUCAUCAGGAAGUGCCCAAAGUCUGCACAGCUCUCGUGAGGCCAAGGGACUUCGCCAGCCUGAAUGCGGCAAACCGAGCAAUCGGCGAACAGCUGCAAGGAGGAGACUCUUCAAGCCAGCUUCAAGAAGCAGAAGCCGAUGACGAAGAUGAGUGUACCGCAGCAUCGAGCUUCGUUAGCUGCCACAGCAAUUCCAGAUGUAUGACCGUCCUAUGCAUCGAAGCAGCGGACGCCGUGCCGAAGCAGAUACUGAAAGAUGUUCUAGCAUACUGGCAUGAGAACUGCAUGGCUGCUGAAAUUCCUAUAGUGGCAUUCCUCGGGUUGAAGCGUCUGAAGGCAAGUCGAACUGAACUGUUUGACUUGGGCAGUGAGCCAGGUGUAUUCCACCACAUUCAGACAGUGUGCCUUUUCGAUCCCGAAAAGGUGUUCCACGAGCUGUUGGGCAGAAUGAAGGAGGUGCGCUGUCCACUUGCGCGAACACCGGCCGUGCAGAAGUCAUUAAGGCACAUCUUCCAGCAGUUUCAGCAGAGCGUCUCGCAUGUCCUGGACAUGGUUUGCCUGCUAGCUGCGAAGGACUUCAACUGCAGCCAGGAAUCCCUGACGGAUGCCGAGCGGCAUCUAGUGAGGAAAACCGAGGGCAGCCUGCGCAUGCUUGCAGCGGAAGAGCCGCACGAGGGAGCUGCUAAGGAUGCAGGCAGCCCCUUGCGGGACACUGCUCGCAUCUACCAGUACCUGGAAUGUUCUGUCGGCCGGCAGGUUAAGGUCGCAGAUCUUUGGGCCUCGUGUCAGAAAACGAUGUUUGCAUCAGUGGCUGAUGAAGUCGCUUUGCCCAGAUUUCGGCAGGCCGUAGCAACUCUUCACUUGAUGGGGAUUGUCUUUUUCGUACGCGGCAACGCGCAGAAGGGCGUGAGCGGAUGGCACCUCAAAAGACGCGUAUUUGGACGCGUAUGGUGGUACAAGGAGAUGUCCAAUUUCGUGAAGGCAGGUCGCUCGAAGAUCUCGGGGUGCGAUGUGGAGGCUUCGCCAUGCAGAAGUCUGUCGAGGUCAGAGUCGAUGUCGAGUUCGAUGUCAACGGAGAAGUCACCUGUGUCGGAGCGGUUCGCAACUCCGGCGAAGGUGCCCGUGUCCCUGGAGCCUGGCCCUGGAGCCCUGCUGAAGAGGCUACCCUUUCCGCGAGUGUUUGACGUGGAAGAGGGGACGUUCACCACUCCCCAGAAGAAGCGGGCCCGACUGCAAAGAAUCAUCCAUGGGACAAUGCCGCCCGAAGGUGGUGGCGCCGAGGAAACAUCCGAAAUAGAUGGAUCCACCCCGGCUUCAACUCCGGCGCCCUCGCCUCCUGCGUCAUCCCCUGUAGAUGAGGACAGGGACACCAGACAGACGCCACACAGCGAGGGCAAAGACACGCCGAAGCAGAAGCUAGACAAGGGCCAGAAGACCUUCAAGGAGACUAAGGGCACCAAGUCGCAAGUCUUCCAGACGGCAGCGGGCCAGGAAGGACAGCAAGCAGAGGAAGUGAUGCUGGCCGAAGCAGAGGAGGAUCACGAGGCCAAGACCAGCACCAAGAAGAAGAAGAAAUCCGACCAAGCCAAGGGAGCCGACGAUGAUAAGAAAGGCAAGAGUGAGAAGAAGCUCGAGAAGAAAAAGCAAGGAGACAAGGGAAAGGAUGAUCAAAAACCAAAGGGAGAAGUUAAGGGAAAGACACCGACGAAGAUGGGUGCAGGAGGAGGAGAGACAGAAGGGGAAGAGUCAGUGCAUGAUGGCGGGAAAUCUGCAGCAAAGCCGGCGCGCGGCCGCAAGCGUGGCCGCAACAGAUCCGCCCCCAAAGACAAGAACAAGAAGGUUGAAGGCAAGCAGGGCAAGACGACCGCGAAACGCGCUGGAUGCAUCUUUCCUGUUGCUCGCAUCCACCGGUUCCUCAAGUCGUACAUGGCAGCAAGGUGUCGAGUCGGCGGUUCUGCGGGCAUCUUCACGGCUGCUGUCAUGGAGUACUUGGCAGCAGAGGUUCUGGAGUUGGCUGGCAACGUGUGUGCGGACUACCAUCUCAAGCGCAUUACGCCGCGGCACUUGCAAAUCGCAAUUCGUGGUGAUGAGGAGCUUGCGGGCUUUGUCAAGGCAACAAUUGCUGGAGGUGGUGUCAUCCCGAACAUCAAUCAGUCCUUGUUCCCCGACGUUCGACUGCGCGAGGAUGAGACCUACAAGGCGAGCAAGUCCACUCGACGACAGCUUCGCAUGGAUCCUGGUGCCGAAAUGACUCCACGUACGGACCGCGCCCGCUCGGACAGAGACAUGCACAUGCCAAGCUCGACGCAGCCCACUCCCCAGACGGAGGAGGAUGACGACAAGCCGAGCGUCAAAGGCAAAGACGACCCCAAAGAUCCGGCGAAGUUGAGAGCGAAGAAAGAUCUAAAGAACAAGAACUUGAAGAAGGGUGAAGGAGCCAAGAAUCAAAAGAAGAAUCUGAAGCCUGGGGAGAAGGACAAGGGCCAGAGCAUGGCAGCGAAGAGCGAGAAAUUCCAAUCCCUCCGGAUGGAGCUCGCAUGGGCGAGCCAUUUCCCGGCAAACACGGUCAUUACUUCGAAGUAUACGGUUUUGAAUUUUGUUCCCAAAAAUCUAUGGGAGCAGCUUCACAAAGCUGCGAAUCGAUACUUCCUGUUCAUCUCUGUUGUGAUGUUCAUCGGUAACUACACUCCUUUGUUCUACGGCUUCAUAAAGUUUUACUCCACGUUCGCAGCCUUGCUCAUUAUGAUGACAGCAUCAGCCGUUAUCGCCGUCAUCGAUGACAAGCGCCGGCAUGAGGCUGAUGUCAUUACCAACAGUCAAAUAGCGCACCGGAUCAAGGCCGACGGAACGGGAGGCAAGGGGCUCGUCUCCGAGGAUGUGAUUUGGGCAGAUGUUCGUGUCGGUGAUGUCUUAGUUGUGGCUGGAGAGGAGGAGUUUCCGGCCGAUUUGGUGCCGCUUGCAUCAUCCAGUGAGGGUGGGUGCUAUGUGUCCACAGCGAAUCUCGAUGGCGAAACAAACUUGAAGCUCAAAGAACCAGCUUCAUCUACACAAAGGGCUCUGGUUGGAGGCGCGGGCGACGCGCGGCCCUUGCUGGACCAAGCCGUUGAGAGGCUCCACUCCCUGGGUGAGAGUCUUCUUGUGGCGGAGGCGCCGCAGAAAUCGAUUCACACCUUCAAGGGCUUCCUUCGGACUGGCGCUGAAGUGGAAGAGCCCUUGAACUCCAAAAACUUUCUUCUCCGUGGCACGGUCUUGAAAAACACGUCCUGGGUUUUGGGAGUGGUUGUCUACACGGGACCGGAGACACGGAUGGUGAUGAAUUCUAGGAAGGCGAAGGCCAAGUAUGCCAACAUCGAGCAGGUGAUCAACCGAUCCAUGCUGGUCGUUGUGGGUGCACAAUGCUUGAUGGCGCUCAUCAACGAUAUCGUGUACCUCAUGACCAAAGAGCAGUUCAUGAGCUACUGGUAUUUGUUUCCCACCGGACCAUCGCAGAAGAUCAUCCUGCCAGAGAGUAUCGGUUACUGGCUCACAUUUUUCGUGCUUUACUCGAAUUUGAUGCCCAUAUCCCUCUAUUUCACUAUGGAGGUGUGCAAUACUGCGCAGGCUUACUUCAUCAAGAACGACAUUGAGAUGUAUGAUGAGGGCCAAGACUGUCCCGCGAAUGCGCGAACGACGAAUCUUUGCCAUGAGCUUGGACAAGUUUCGUACAUCUUCUCAGACAAGACAGGAACACUGACGCAGAACAUCAUGGAGCUUAAGCGCCUAUCCAUUGGAGGCAGCGUGUACGGCGAAGUUGGAGAGGAGUACGGCUUUCAGGGCCGAGCCGAAAUGAUGAUGGCGAGGUACGAGGACUCAAGGAAGAAUGCUGGCAUUGAUGCCGCGCUUGAGGUGUUGGCGGUGUCGCAUACAGUGGUGUCCACUCGCGAUCGAGCAGGCAACCUCAAAUACGAGGCCGAAAGCCCUGAUGAGGGAGCUUUGGUGGAGGCAGUGCGAGGUUUGGGCUGGAGUUUCAUUGGCCGAACAAACGAGGAAUUGACGGUGGAGGUGGAUGCUGAAGGGUACAAGACUCCCCGGGUGUAUCAGGUUCUGGCGCUGAAUGCCUUUACCUCAGCCAGGAAGCGCCAAUCCGUCGUCGUGCGACGACCAUCUGGGGAGGCACUCCUCCUCGUCAAGGGUGCCGAUGACAUCAUGCAACAGCUCGCCAAAGAUCCAAGGUCCUUUCCCGAGGAGCAUCUGCAAAUGUUCGCGAAGCAGGGCCUCCGCACGCUGGUGCUCGGGAGGCGGUUCCUCGCAGAUCAGGAACUCCAAUCCUGGCAAGCCGACUACGCCAAAGCCCAGUCCUCCAUGGAGGACAGAGAGGCAGCGCUUGCGGAAGUUGCUGCUCGGAUGGAGAGUUCGCUGGAGAUCGUCGGCGUCACAGCCAUAGAGGACAAAUUGCAGGUGGGUGUGCAGGAUGCGAUCGUCAAGAUUCGGCAGGCUGGGAUCAAACUCUGGGUGCUGACAGGUGACAAGCUGGAGACGGCAAAGAAUAUCGGCUUCAGCACUCGGGUGCUCAGUAACGACAUGGAGAUUUACAGCCUGGAUUCGUCCCCAGACCGACCAAUAGAGGACGAGCUGCAUCAGGUUCUUCGAAGCGCGAAGCAGGCCGACGCUGCUCGGCGCACGCUGGCCCUCAUCGUGACGGGCCACGCGCUGGAGGAGAUGCUGCAGCCAAUAGGGAGGAGCAGCUCCAGCGGCAGGAUGCCAGCGAGCAAGCCCAAAGGAAUUCUGCAAGACCAGCUCUUGGAGGUGGCUAUGCUCUGCUCUGUCGUGAUCGCCUGUCGCGUGUCACCACUGCAGAAGGCGGAGAUCGUGAAGAUUGUGAGGAGAGGCGUGCAUCCAACGCCCGUGACCUUAGCAAUAGGUGACGGCGCGAACGACGUCCCAAUGCUUCAGCAAGCGCAGGUUGGAGUGGGCAUCUCCGGCAGAGAGGGCAGGCAGGCAGUCAACUCUGCGGAUUUUGCCAUCGCACAAUUUCGGUAUUUGGUCCGACUCUUGCUCGUGCAUGGGCGCUGGAAUUAUCAACGCGCCUGCAAGUUCGUCAUCUACAGUUUCUGGAAGAACGCAGUGCUGGCCAACUGCUGCAAAGCGUUGAUCUUGCGCCUCGGCUCGGUCGCAGUACUCCUGAUGUUCUACUACACUUUCUUUUCUGGCUAUGCAGGUCAAAGCCUUUUCGAAGACAUGGUGCGAGCUUCGUACAACUUCGUACUGGCAUUUCCAAUCAUUACGACUGGCAUGUUCGAGCAGGACUUGGAGGAAGAGCAGAUCUUGGCCAAUCCUGGACUGUAUGUGAAUGGACGCGAAGGCCUUGACCUCAAUGCAUCCAAACUUGUUGAGAUGCUUCUGUCUGCAGCAGUCCAUUCCUGCGUGAUCGGCACUGUCAUGCUCCUGGUUUGCCGCGACAUGUAUGUCCUGCGAGCUGGCGACUUCUACACCUUCGGCACGAUUGUUUUCACCGUUCUUGUGAUCGCGAUGAACUAUCGAGCGGCAUUCCUGACAAGGACUUGGAACGUGGUGACCGUUGCUGGGCAGCUCUGCUCCUUCUUGACCUACGCGUUGUUCCUUGCCGUCUACUGCUGCAAAUCCGUGAGUGACAAGCUGCAGCCUUGGAUGUACGGCGUCCCCGGCCGCAUGAUGAGCAGCCCUCAUUUCUGGAUCUGCGCAUUUACGGUGCCAGCCCUUGCCAUGGUCAUCGAUGUCUUCAAGGCGUACCUGCUGACUGAGUUCUGCCCAGAUCGCUCGCAGAUUAUCAUGGAGCGAUGGAAGGAAGACAAGUGCUUCUUUGAAGAGGAACGCUCGGAUGAGGAGGCAGAAGCUCCGGCAGACUUGCCUGGUCGCUCAUCGCCACCGGUCGAUUCCCAACGUUCCAGGUCAUCACCAAGGCCCCGGUUCCAAAGAUGGUCCUCCUACGACUUCGCUCAUCCGGGUGGCGAGCCGAGGCACCACAGCGCUUUCGUCAAUUCGCACCCCACGGCCGGAGAUCUGUCCCUGGUUGGCGCAUCGGAGCCGGCAGAUGGCUACAGGAGGACUGCGACUGGUGUCACGGCCACAAGUGCCUCGAGCACCACGGCCCUGCAGCUCCCCUCCCUGCAGGAAAGCGACUCUUCGUCCGAGGAGGAGUCGCUGGGAGGCAGCUUGGCUCACAACCAGAACUCCCCUGAUCGUUCUCGCUUUGCUCAGCAACAGCUGCCUCGCAUUCAAAUCGAUGUCACCCCGGGCAAGGUCAUGGGGGCAGCGGCUGUCGUGGGCAGUUUGCUGCUGAUUUUGGGGUUCACGGUCCUGCGGCUUGGGGAGCACGCGGUUGAGAUCCGGAUUCGCUAUGGCGGUGCGGCGGGCACUGGCUCAGUGCCGUUUCAGAUGCCCGCAGAUGUCGUGGAGCACAUGGCAGACUGCGAUGUAUCAUCUGGCACGUGCAGCUUGCAGCUCUCCUUGAGUCAGGACAUGCCUCCGCCAGUUCGUGUGCUCUACCAUCUCGAUCCGUUUUACCAGAACUUCCCAACCUACAUUGCUUCAGGUUCAACCUCCGGUGCAUGGGGAGAACUGACAGGCAGAUGGUUCGGCCAUGCCGAGCGGCAGAAGCAUUGCCCGGAAGCGUCCACGAGAAUGACAGAGACCGGCGACGUAGUUUUCCCCUGCGGCUUGCAGGCCACAAGCCUUUUCAACGAUACCUUCGAGUUGCGGCGAAACGGAGCCGUCCUGCACAUCAGCAAAGACGGUGUCGGCAAUCCCGAAGAUCGUAGCAGGAUGGCAAAUCCACCGGAUUAUCCGGACAGGUCCAAGGUUGCCUGGCUCUACGAGCGCUUCCCUGAGGUGAUUUCAAUUGAUCAGGGCACGACGGAUCCGGAUUUCGUUGAAUGGAUGAGGCCCAGUGCUAUGCCCAGCCUCCUGAAGGAUGUCGGUCGAGUGGAUGUUAGCCUUCUCCAAAGCGAGAUGCUGACCCUGCACAUCCACGAUAGGUUCCCCGUGUCUCAUCUCAACAUCACAAAAACCCUUGUACUGCUGUGCCCAAGCGCUCUUGGUGGAAAGUCAGAAUCUUUAAGUCGCUUCUUGCUUCAUGCCGGUGGUUUGUGUUGGCUUCUGGCAAUCGCAGUCGCUCUGAUCAACGGAUUCUGCAAGCGUACACCUGGGCAACCUCGAUUCUAUGGCUCACGCAUGCCUUUGGAGGAAUCUGAAAGCAGUACCGACAGUGAUGUGGCUUAG